AUGGCUUCACUAUCUGUGCAAUGUACUGCCCCCAACGGCCGCGUCUGGUCUCAGCCCACAGGCCUCUUCAUCAACAAUCAAUGGGUCAAGUCGGCUACUGGUGACAAGAUCGCUAGUAUCAACCCUGCCACCGCUACAGAAAUUGCCUCUGUCCAUGCUGCCUCGGAGAAGGAUGUUGAUACCGCCGUCAAGGCCGCACGCGCCGCACUCAACAACCCAAGCUGGAGGGAUCUGCCUGGUGUUGAGCGCGGUAAGCUGAUGAACCGCCUGGCGCAACUCAUCGAGGACAACCGCGAGACCCUUGCGACUAUCGAGACAUGCGACAAUGGAAAGCCAUAUACCGUUUCGCGCGACGAUGAUAUGACCGAGACUGCUGAGACUAUCCGCUACUACAGUGGAUAUGCGGACAAAAUCUUUGGACAGGUUAUUGGCACUACGCCAGACAAGUUUGCCUACACUGUGCGGGAACCGGUUGGCGUUUGUGGCCAGAUUAUCCCAUGGAACUUCCCUCUCUCUAUGGCUGCUUGGAAACUUGGCCCUGCCCUUGCGUGUGGUAAUACAGUCGUCCUGAAACCCGCUGAACAAACCCCCCUCUCUAUCCUUUUCCUUGCCAAUCUUAUUGUGGAAGCUGGCUUCCCCCCUGGCGUUGUGAAUAUCGUCAACGGCCAUGGUGCCGUGGCUGGUGCAGCCCUUGCCUCGCACAUGGAUGUUGACAAGAUCGCGUUCACUGGUAGCACAGCUACCGCAAGGCAAAUCAUGAAGAUGGCCAGUGUCAAUCUCAAGAACAUCACUCUUGAAACCGGCGGCAAGAGCCCCCUGGUCGUCUUCAACGACGCCGAUCUUGAGCAGGCUGUCGAGUGGGCGCAUAUCGGUAUCAUGUACAACCAGGGACAGAUUUGCACGGCGACUUCGCGUAUCCUCGUUCAGGAUAGUAUCUACGAUAAAUUUCUCGCGGCAUUCAAAGCCCAGAUCAAGAAUGUCUCGAAAGUCGGCGACCCCUUCGACGAGUCUACUUUCCAGGGUCCCCAGGUCACGCAGGCCCAGUACGACCGUAUCAUGUCAUAUGUUGAUAUCGGCAAGUCCGAGAAGGCUACGCUUGCGGUCGGCGGUAAGCCGUUCAAGGGUGUCGGUAAUGGCAAAGGAUUCCUCUUCGAGCCUACCGUCUUCACGGACGUUACCCCCAAGAUGCGAAUUUACGAGGAGGAGGUUUUCGGUCCUUUCUGCGUGAUUGCGCGCUUCAGCACUGAGGAAGAGGCCGUUCAGAUGGCCAACGAUACUACCUAUGGUCUCGGCGGUGCCGUGUUCACCACUAACCUCACCCGCGCCCAUCGUGUCGCGAAGCAGAUCCAGGCGGGUAUGGUCUGGAUUAACUCUAGCAAUGAUAGCGACUGGCGGAUUCCGUUUGGGGGUGUCAAGCAGAGUGGUAUUGGUCGGGAGCUGGGUGAGGCUGGCCUGGACGCCUAUUCCUCCAUCAAGGCUGUUCAUGUCAAUAUGAAGUCCAAGCUCUAG